AUGAUGAUGUUCUCCAACGUCAAAGAAGAAAACAGAAAAUAUUCACAUUGAAGAAGCUGCACAAUCACACAAACUGCUUUAGUUAUUAGAAAAUGAACACACACUCACUCACUCACUCACUCACUCACUGGAUGAAUCGUUGCAGCUCUUAAUUCAACAGUAGAUUAUUUCUCUCUAUGCAGACGACACGUUGCUGUUUUUCUAUAUUCACAAAAUAUCGAAACAAAUUAUUAAUCGAUCAAACUAGUUAACGAUUAAUUUAGUAAUCAAUCAAUAAUGAAUAAUCACUGCGGCCUGACAGUUGUGUGUGUGAGGUUUUGUUGUUAUUAAAAGGAAAUAAGCUGAUGUCGACAUUGUGGUCUCUGACUGUGCUGUGACUCACUUCCUGUUCCUCCCUGCAUCAGCUGACCACACAUUCUAUCACUGAUCUCCUGCUGUGAGGCAUCAUUUGAAUUCUCUGAGUUCCUUGAGUAGCAGCCACAUGGACUUUGGCUUGUCCCCAGAGGGUUGCUGGUUCAAACCCUGGGACAGGUCAAGGCCUGGUUUGUCCCUGUCUCAUUGGACCCUCUGCCAUACAAACUGCAUGAAUAAGAGUUGUGUUAUUGAAACAUUUUAACAUCAGGGGGCUGACACAAAUGUGUCCCAGUUUAUCUGCAUUCUUGUCUUCUGAGUGAAACACAACCUUUCAAACUGCAACUUCAGCUCAACACGUUGUAAACAUGGUUGUCGUCCUCUGGUUUGGACAUCGUGUGCAGAAGGAAACGAGUUCUUACUCAGUUUCACAUGAAUAAACUGGAACAGUGUGUGGUCACAGGGGGCGGUGGGAUUUUAUUCUUCACUCGCGACAACACGCUUCACUGUUUCACAGAGGGUGAGCGUCGCCGCCGAGGACACUGCCGCUCGCACAGAUACGACAGGUUCCACACCUGAGUUGAGUAGGCGGCGCCAGCAGAGCCGUGCAGCCAUGUUGGUUCUGAUCCAGUUACUCAUGACGAUGAUGAUGAAGAGUAAGGCUGCCCCACAGACGGUCACCGUGGAGGCUCGGAGCGGCGACGCUGUCCUGCUGCCCUCGGAGGGGCAGAGUUGGACGAGGGAGAACGUGGGCGACAUCAGGUGGACUCACCGCCACCUGGUGUUGUCACUGAAGAACAACAGGACCACGUGUGAGCAGCACAGACGCUGCGAGCUGCUGAGCAACGGCUCGCUGAGGUUCAGUCACGUUCACGCUGAAGACGCAGGAAACUACAGCCUGCAGGUGUUUGAUCCACAUGGGACCAGACUGGUGCAGAUCCACUUUCUGUUGAGGGUGGAGGAGGUCAAGUCCAAAAACCCUGGUGAGGGUCAAACCAAUGUGUUGCUGCCCAUCAGCUGCCUCUCCCUGCUCCUUCUGUUCUUCAUCAUCAUCAUCAUCUUCAUCGUGAGGAAGAGGACAAGGAGGACAACUGCAGAGCCAAAGGAGGAAGAUGUUUAUAUGCCGAUGUUUGGUAACCACAGCAACAAGAGGAAACAACUGGUGAAAGAGGAAGAGUCUUUGUAUGUUCCCUGUUAUCCCUUGGUUUCCAUGGAAACACCUCAGACGAAGGCUGAAGACGUUUAUGUGUGAAAAUCGACCACAGCUCACCUGGACAAACACAAGGCAUUUAUUUUGGUGGCACUUCCUGUAACCGUGGAAGCCUGACACAUGACCUGUCUUGAAUUCAUCAAUCAAAUGUUUAUUAUUCUAAAUGAUGAUGUCACGUCGA